UCUCCUGCUGUGACUUGUUCUUUUGUGGGCUGAGAUGACGACACAACAGAGCAUGUGGGCAAAGGCGGGGCAAGACGCGGGGGUCUCUAACAUUCAGUGUCGUUCUACUUCUUGCCAUGUGCACAUCCAUAACCAAAGUCAUUCAAUGAAGGCUGACUGGUAAAUAUAACUUGAUUGAUUUAUUUAUAGAUUUAUCUUUUGUAAAAAAAAAAAAGUUAAUUUGCCUGUAAGUUUUAUAAAUGAUACUUAGUUCGUUGUCCACAGCUAUGCAUAUUAUUAAUGGCAUGCAUGGUCGCACACUUGGUUGAUCUUAAGAGAGUGUCAUUUAUUUAACCUUUCUCUAGAGUGCAAAGGACCGCUGGUGAGACCAAGGCGUCAUGUUUACAUUUAGUUACAAGCACUUCAGGCGUACAAGUUUAAGCGUGCCUUCUCCAGUCGUUGGUUCCUUAAGGAGGGCCCUGUGUUGGAACUUCCUGUUCCAAGAUGCAGUGGUGCAGGUGGGCCAGCCGUUGGGUAUCGAGUGUAAGCACACAGUCCACAGAGCCGGACCAUGAGGACAGCUUUGACUUUCUGUUUAAAAUCAUCCUGGUGGGGGACUCCGACGUGGGCAAGACUUGCGUGGUUCAAAGUUUCAAGUCUGGAAUAUUUGCAGAGAACCAGCAAAAUACCAUUGGUGUGGACUUCACUGUUCGUACUCUAGAUAUCGAUGGCAAAAGGAUUAAGAUGCAAGUUUGGGACACGGCCGGUCAGGAGCGUUUCCGCACCAUCACCCAGAGUUACUACCGCAGCGCCCAUGGGGCGCUGGUAGCCUAUGACAUCACACGCCGGCCCACUUUCGAAUCUGUGCCUCACUGGAUCCACGAGAUCAGACAUUAUGGAGCCGCCGGGGUGGUGGUAAUACUCAUCGGUAACAAGUCAGACCUCCAGGACGAGAGGCAGGUGUUGUUUGAGGAAGCGUGCACCCUGGCCGAAGACAAAGGCGUGCUGGCCGCGCUGGAGACCUCGGCCAAGGCGGCCCAGAACGUAGACGCCGCCUUCAUCCUCAUGGCCCGCGAACUGCUGGCGCAGAACGGCAUGCCCAUCACGAACGAGCUGGCCCCGGAGACUCCGCAGUUCGGGCUGGGCGGGACCUCAUCGCAUCCCGUUGUGGGAGGCGAUUCUUUGGAGAAGAAGUGUGGGUGUUGAGCGACCGCAGGCUGCAGGGCCCUGACCGCAGUGUGUCUCUGGAGGUGUGGUUGAGUGGCUCGUUUCUGAACCGUGGAGGGAGUAAGUGCAAAUGUGGGCUGUAUGUGUGAAUGUGGGUGGGCAGGGGAUGGAGAUGCGAUUUGAAAUGAUUUAUUUAUUUGGUGUAGGGUAUGUGAAACGAUUGCUUUUACUGACAUAAGGAAUACUGAAGAUUAUCAACAAAAGAGCUUUUAUUUGGUCCUUUUGUCGCUAUAAUUGACAUUAAAUUAACAUACUGUAUGUGUUCUUUUGUGGGGAAAAACUUGUUCAGGGAAAUCAAGAUGAACACGUUGCUUGAGUGGCUUUGGAAACAGUAUCACUGCUAUGAUAUAUCUGUUCAUUUCAUUACUUUCAUUUCAUCAGAUCAUUUCCUUUCCUUUCCGUGUAUUUUAAAUAUUAAAAAGAACAUAAGCAUGGC